AUGGAAGGGCAGAGCCCUGACUAUAGAUUGAGAAGGGGCAAGGGGCCAUCCUGCUGUGGGAAAUGGUCCGGUGGUGCUGUGGCAGUGGGGGCUGGCGAUCUGAUGGGUGGUGCCACUGGAGCUGAAGGAGAUGUACAGUGGCGUAAUGGUGGCAAGUUAGAGGAGGUGGCAGUGCUGGGUUGUGGCCACAGGAUAAUGGCAGCUGAGGUUUCAUACUGUCUAGGUUUUAUAAUUGUUUGCAAAAGGGCUAUAGUACUUGAUGAGAUGAAGUCAACAGUGUUUUCGGCAGUUGUUGUUUCUAUUGGGUAUGCAUUGCUUGGAUGGGAUUUUGCAGCAUUAUUAGAAGCUAAUCAUCAUAUGGAAAAAGAAUUUGAAUUGUUGAAUGGACCUUCUAUUGAAGGUAUAACUUUAGCAGCCUCAACAUUUGGGGCUAUUGUGAUAACAAUAUUCUCUGGAGCACUAUUAGAUUGGCUUGGAAGGCGUGCCAUACUGGUUUACUCAUCUCUGGUAUUGUUUUCGGGUGGUGUCCUGAUGCUGUGGUCUCCUAACAUCUACAUUGUACUUCUAGCUAGGUUAAUUGUUGGAUCAGGAAGUGGGUUGGUUUUCACCUGUGUCCCUAUUUAUAUAUCGGAAACAUCUCCUCCAAAUAUGAGGGGAUUACUUGGAACUAUGCCACAGUUUAUGUUCUUCCUAGGAACUAUCUUUUCAUAUUGCCUGAUAUUCUGGUUAACACUAAUGUCUUCACCUAACUGGAGAAUCAUGAUUGGUGCAAUCUUUGCUCCUUCCAUUGUCUACUUUGCUUUGUUGGUUUACUACUUGCCAGAGUCACCUAGGUGGCUUGCAAGUGACGGAAAAAGAUUAGUGAGGCCAGAGUUUCUCUGCAGUGGCUUAGGGGGAAGAAACAUGAUGUUUCAGUUAAAUGCUGUGAGACAAGCUGAUGAAGUACUGACAACAAUAUGUCAAUAUGAUUGGGGGUUGAUGAAGCAUAAAUGCAUCAUGACAUCACAUAGACCUGCAGGAGAGAUCGCUGUUAUUGUGGAAGGUGUGGACAUCAUAUCGGACUCUGCUGUUGGCACUGCUCGUGCUCAAAGUUUCUCUGGAACCAGUGCUAGCCACACUUGGCCCCGUAGUACUUUUUACUGGCAGCUUUCGGACCCACUAGUUGAUCUUCUCGGAAGCAUUCAUGAGAAUAUGUCAGAAGGAGGAAGUAGACGGAAUAGUUUCUUCCCAGUCUUCAACAGUUUUUCUUUUCCAGAACAUGAACAUAUGAAUGAGCACAGGGAUGGUAACAGUGAUCAACAGACUAGGGGGGCUUAUUCUGCUGGAGAAGUUAACAAUGGAGAUGGUUUGCGGGCUUCUCUUGUUUCUCAGGCAGCAAGUGUUGAAGUAAAUGAUACAAAUACCUCUUUUACAUCUGAAGGGAGCUCUUCAUAUUUAAGAAGGCAUGGAACAUCAGUACUUGCGCAAGAGUUUAUGGCGUCUAUACAUGAUUAUGACAUUGAAGAAGAAGAAAUUCAUGGGUUCGUAUCACCUCACCAGUCUGCACCUCGUGAUAUGGAAAGCACAGGGCGACAUCCAUUCAGACAUCAAAUAGUCCGGCUAUCUGAAACAGCUGAUAUGAAGUUUAAAUGGCGGGUGCUUCUUCAACCAGGAAUCAGGCAUGCCUUGUGUUAUGGCAUGUUAAUUCAGGCCCUUCAGCAGUCUACAGGAAUCAGUGGUCUUCUCCGCUGUGCUCCUGAAAUACUUGAACAGGUUGGAGUUAGCUUGUUUUCAGACAUUGGACUUUCCCCACAUUCAACAUCAAUUCUCAUAAGUACCCUUCAUGCUUUGCUGAUACUCCCUUGUAUAACUGCCGCAAUGCUGCUGAUGGAUGUCUGCGGAAGAAGGGUUCUUGUGCUGGCCACUACUCCUAUCCUUAUAUUAUCAUUGAGCGUUAUGUCUAUGUCCACCCUGUUCAAUGUGGGAUUGUUCGAGCGUGCCAUCGUCUUCCACUUCGCAUUAACCAUUUGCUUCUGCUCCUAUGUCGUUGGUUUGGGACCAAUACCUAACAUUCUCUGCUCUGAGAUAUUCCCAACCAAGGCCCGUGCGACCUGUAUGUACAAGAAGAAAUUCUUGAGAACAAGAUUCAUUUCUAAGAGCCAAAUAAUAUUGCUGCAGGCAUACUUAUUAGGUUACCUAUGGUUCUUCUAA